CGAGUGUUCGUCCCUUUUGUCUUUCUCUGCGGGAUUAAAAGUGACAAACAUCUUUUUGUUUCGUGCUGACAUCAUGAACUUGUUUUUAUUCUUUCUUCUGGUCGUGCAAAUGCACAUCGUGACGCCUGUGAUUCACACGCUGCAGUAUUUCCAAACUGCGUCCUCUCAAGUUCCAAACUUCCCAGAGUUUGUGAUUGUUGGUUAUGUUGAUGGAGUUGAGAUUAGUUACUAUGACAGCAACAUCAGGAAAACAGAAUCCAAACAGGACUGGAUGAACAAAAUCACAGCAGAGGAUCCAAAAUACUGGCAGAGACAAACAGAGAUCAAUGUUGGUAAUGAGUUUAAUGCCAAACACAGCCUUGAAGUUUUUAAGAAGCGUUUCAACCAAACUGGAGGUGUUCACAUUGUCCAGUGGAUGUCAGGAUGUGAAUGGAAUGAUGAGACUGAUGAGGUUAAAGGUUGGGAUCAGUACGGUUAUGAUGGAGAAGAUUUCCUAUCGUUGGACAUGAAGACAUGGACAUAUACUGCAGCAAAACCACAAGCUUUCCCCACCAAACUCAAGUGGGACCAGAACAUAUUUCUACUAGACGACCUGAAGUAUUAUUACACUGAGGAAUGUCCUUCUUACUUGAAGAAGUAUGUGAAGAAUGGGAAGAAGGUCCUAAUGAGAACAGAGCUUCCAGAGGUGUUCCUCCUCCAGAAGACGCCAUCCUCUCCAGUCACCUGCAUGGCGACAGGUUUCUACCCCGACUUAGCCGACCUGUUUUGGAGGAAAGACGGCGAGCAGAUCUUCGAGGACGUGGAGCACGGAGAGCUGCUCCCCAACCACGACGGAACCUUCCAGAUGUCGGUGGAGCUGAAAGUGGAGGUGACGGCCGAGGUGGAGGGCAAGUAUGAAUGUGUGUUCCAGCUGUCUGGCGUCAAGGAGGACCUGGUCACCAAGCUGGAGAGAAGAAGCAUCCUGAGCAACGCAAGCCAUGAAGACAACUGGAGCGUCGCCCUCGCUGCCACGGCGGCGGUCGUCGCUGUGGCGGCCGUCCUGGCGGCCAUCAUCAUCGUCAUGGUCAGGCGUCACAGAAACAGACAAGGUGAGGGACACCAAUGUCCUCCGUCUUCUUCUUCUUCUUCUUCUUCUUCUCGGUCCAGGCCGUGAGUUGAUGCUUUCAUCCGGGCUGCAUGUUUUAGUUGCCUUCCAGCCAAACACUCAAAGAUCCACAGAGACAGAGCGCACACUCUCACAUAGAAACACGUGAGGAAAAAGUCCAUUUCACCUUGUUUCACUUUCAUUUCAGCCCAGUACGAUCCAGCUCGUAAGUAAAACAUCUU